UUAAGCUCUCCAAGGAAAACUGUGAGAAUGAUUAUGCAUAAACAAGUAAAGAGUGUUAUUAGUUGAGGUUUGGGUUGGCAUAAGUUACUCACCUACCACACUCUUCUCCUUCAUCACCUAACUACAAAGUAUAAACUCACCAAACCAUAACAACAACAAGAAGAAAAUAAAAAGAGAAAUAAAUUAAAAAAAAGAAUGAUAAGAAGCAAAAUGUAUGAGAAAAGCAUUGGUGAAGUAGGAGUGGAUGAUAUACUGCAUGCUGCUGAUUUUUCCAUUCAACAAGCCAAACAAUUCCACAAAAUUCUUAAUCAAACUAUUGAUCUAUCAUCCAAAGGAUCAGACCCCAAAUUGGUUUGGCAAAAUAUAGUGCAAAAGAAAAUACUAAAGCCAUGGCACCCACAUGGACUACACCAACUCCUUUAUUACUCUGUCUAUGCUCACUGGGAUUCCACUCUUCAUGGUCCUCCUCUCUAUUGGUUUCCUUCUCUACCUCAAGCAAAAUGCACCAACUUAGGACGCAUGAUGGAAGUCUAUGGUCCAAAAUUCUUAGGAGCUUUGUACAAGGACCCCAUAACAAGUUUUAGCCUCUUUCAGAAAUUUACUGUUCAACAUCCUGAGGCUUAUUGGUCAGUUGUACUGAAAGAGCUUUCAGUUGUAUUUCAUGAAGCUCCAAAGUGUAUUCUGGACACCAGUGACAAAUCAAAGAUUGGGGGAACAUGGCUUCUGGGUGCGGCUCUGAACAUUUCUGAAUGCUGUUUGCAGCCUGCAAGUCACCCUACAAAAUCUGAUGACAGUGUGGCUAUUGUAUGGGGAGACGAAAGUGAUGAUAUCAGUAUAAAUCAGAUGACUCUAAAAGAACUUCGAGAACAAGUAAUGUUGGUGGCUAAUGCACUAGCUGCAACAUUUAGAAAGGGUGAUGCUAUCGCGAUUGACAUGCCAAUGACAGUCAAUGCAGUCAUUAUAUAUUUAGCCAUUAUAUUAGCUGGAUUUGUUGUUGUAUCAAUAGCUGACAGUUUUGCAGCAAAGGAGAUUGCGACUCGUUUACGUAUUGCCAAUGCAAAAGCUAUCUUUACCCAGGACUUUAUUGUCAGAGGUGGUCGAAAAUUUUCUUUAUACAGUCGUGUUGCAGAAGCUGCUCCGCGUAAAGCCAUUGUGCUCCCGGUGAGUGGGAGCGAAGUAGGCAUUCAGUUAAGACAGCAGGAUUUAACUUGGAAAGAUUUUCUUUCCACUGUUAAUCACCUAACAAGACCUAGUCAGUUUUCUCCUGUCUAUCAAUCAGCAGAUUCUACAACUAAUAUACUAUUUUCUUCUGGAACCACAGGAGAACCAAAAGCCAUUUUAUGGACACAACUUUCACCAAUCCGUUGUGCUAGUGAUGCGUGGGCUCACAUUGAUGUUCAAGUUGAUGAUGUUUACUGCUGGCCAACAAAUUUGGGAUGGGUGAUGGGACCAAUUUUACUUUACUCCUGCUUCCUAACUGGUGCUACUCUUGCUCUCUUUCACGGAUCUCCUCUCGGCCGUCAGUUUGGAAAAUUUGUUCAGGAUGCUGGAGUUACUAUUUUGGGUACAGUGCCGAGUCUGGUAAAAGCUUGGAAGAGUACCAACUGUAUGAAAGGGCUAGACUGGAAAAAGAUAAGAACCUUUUGUUCAACUGGGGAAGCGUCGAAUGUUGACGACGACCUUUGGCUGUCUUCAAGAGCUGAUUACAAGCCUAUUAUUGAAUGCUGUGGAGGCACUGAGCUCGCAUCAUCGUAUAUCCAAGGAUCUCGGCUGCAGCCACAAGCCUUUGGUGCAUUCAGCACCGCGUCAAUGACAACAGGCUUUGUCAUCCUUGAUGACAAUGGAGUUCCUUAUCCGGAUGGUGAACCUUGUGUCGGUGAAGUAGGUUUGUUUCCGCUAUACCUAGGAGCAAGUGAAAGAUUGCUUAAUGCUGAUCAUUAUCAAGUUUACUUCAAGGGAAUGCCAACAUUCAAAGGAAUGAGCCUUAGGAGACAUGGAGACAUUGUUAAGAGGACAGUUGGAGACUAUUUCAUUGUGCAAGGCAGAGCUGAUGACACCAUGAAUCUUGGUGGCAUUAAGACAAGUUCUAUCGAAAUUGAGCGUGUAUGUGAUCGGGCUGAUGAAAGCAUCAUGGAAACUGCUGCAAUUAGCGUAGCGCCAGGUGAUGGCGGUCCAGAGCUCUUGGUAAUAUUUGUAGUUGUAAAGAAAGGUUAUAAUGGUGAACCAGACAAGUUUAAAGUGAAGUUCUCCAAAGCCAUACAAACAAACCUUAAUCCGCUAUUUAAGGUGAGUUUUGUUAAAAUUGUUACCGAGUUCCCUCGAACUGCUUCCAACAAGUUAUUGAGGAGGGUAUUGAGGGAUCAAAUGAAGCAUGAGCUAUCCGGUCGGAGUAAAAUCUAGUGGGAUGGAGCGCCUACGUCGCAUGUACAUCCACUAUGAGAAUUUUACUAUCACUUCUCUAUGAUUAAGUUAAGAUUGCUAUAUUUACUUUGAAUUUUAAAAUUUACUGUUUUUUUAUGAUAAAUUAGUUAUGUUAUUAAAAUUUCCUUA